AUGGCGGCGGGAAAGUCUGCAGAUCAGUAUUCAAGAAUUUUGGUUGCGCGGUAUCUGCGUGAGCAUGGAUUUAAGGACACAUUGAAGGCUUUCUCGAGGGAGUGCUCGCAAUCAUUCCAAGAAUUCACUGAUGAACAGGCGUAUGUUGAACCAUUAGAGAAGAUCGUUAGCGAGAGGAUCGCAUUUGCAGGUAAGGAGGUGGCGGAGCAGCUCAAGAGACUAGCGGUGGAGGACCCUGUCGACGCUGGCUACCAGGAUGUCGUCCGGUUCCAUAAUGCAAGGUUCAGACCAGUAGAGUCCAUCGUUGGCAAGACAUCUUUGGCAAUAGGUGCCCAUUUUUGUGGAAUUGAAGAUAGCUUGUUUUUGUCGUAUGCUGACCGGAUGGUUGACAGGUACGACGGCCGCUGGCGGCUAGAGGACAAGCUGGAUGUCUCCCAAGAGAAGUUUGGGGCGGUAAAGCUUUGUGGGACGAUUUUGGACAGCCAAAUCUACUACUUCUGCGGUCUUGAUGGCUCCUUUGUUGCUUACGAAGAUGCCGGUCCGAAGCUGCAUUGCAGGUUGCAUGAGCGAAUGGUUACGCACAUCCAGUUCUUCACUUUAGAGAGUGGCAAAUCGUGGCUGAUUGUAUCGUGCGGCCUCGACAACUGCUUACGCGUGCACAGACUUGUGGCGACCCGAAAUAGCAUCUGGCUCGAGUCUAUAGCCUCUGAGAAACAGUUGUCCGCUUGCACCUCUUUAUUGGUCGCAUCACAGAGCAGCGAGGUUCUAGCGUUUGUCACCAGAGCGGACCACACACAUGUAUUAUGUUACAGGAUUGCUUACGACGACCACAAGCUGGUGCUGAGUUACAGAAUUGCUCUGAACACCGCAGAGUUCAGCACUUUCUCUUUCAAUGCAAGGGACAUGGUGUUUGUAGGGCAAAAAGACAAGGACGGCACGCCAGUUGUUGGCGAAGGUUGUUCGCUACUCGUUGCAACCUCUCACGUACCCUAUAUGAGGCUGAUACAAGUCGAAAUUCCAUUGCAAGUCAAGGAUCCAACCAGCACUCUCUACAGCCAAAUAAUACGCAACGUACCUACAGAAGUAGAGCAGGAUACCUACUCUGAGCCAAUUCUGAAGCUCGUGCCUUACAGUAACGAAGUCCUGGUCGGUAACAGCAGUGGAGUGUACGCUACAUGUAUCUUGACCGGCCGCUCCCGGCUGCUGGACUUGCCUGUGCCGAGGGGAUCUAGGGUGAAAUGCUUGGACGUCAGCAGAGACGGAAGGAAGCUGAUAGUCGGACUGGCUGAUAAGACGGUAGCUGCCUUUGAUGUAGUUAUAUAA